GACUUCACUCUCCCCCCACAUCGCCGUCAUCGCUCGGAUACCCUCAUUAGGACAAAUGCGCUAGUGUUGUUGACGCUCAUUAUAUGGCGCGACUUAAGGAUGCGCCCAAGCAGGCAGCAUUCCAAAAACCCGCCUCGCCUUCCUCAGACGACAAUGCUGCAACCCAACAGCUCCUCGCCGAGUCCAACUCUCCAAGCGCCAAUCCACCCUCAUCGUCUGCAAUUCUCGGUGCCAACCUCCUCAAUGCAGCGCGUCCUGGAAAGCUCAAGCGAGUCAGCAUACUUCCCGAGGGAGCCAGGCAGAACCUCGCGAUAAGAGGUGACCCCUACGAGAUUGAGCUGAGCCCUGAGAAGGGUCGAUACGCGUUGCCAGAAAAAGUCAAUCACAAGCCGUUGAAGAUCAAUAGGAAGAAGAAGGAGGAGGAGGAGAAAAAGAAACCAGCUAAGAAGAAGGAACAGACAGCAGAACAGGCGGAACAGGAGAAGAGUGAGGCCCCUGUGCCUUCUGCAGAGCUCCCAGUGCACGACGAAGCUGGGCCUCAAGUGGUUGAAGAUGAGCGGGUAGAGGAUUUGACUGUAGCAGAACCUGAGAUACGUUCCUCGCCGCCGGAGCUCGCACAGCCUCAACACACCCCAUCCAAAGCCACAGCGCCUGAACGCGACAACGGUGUGAUCGACUCCACUGGCACCACCAGCGGAGGUGGAGUACCUGCUGGAAUACCUGCUGAAGCGCAGGAGGACAACGGCAGUACACGACGAACGUCGAAACGAAAGUCGGAGUCGGAUCACAGCGAGGAGCAACCCUCCAAGAUCCUGAGGAAACAAAGGCGGACGACUGGCGAAUCGGACGCAUCGAGAAAGAGUCGCCCGCAAGUACGCAUACCGGUCCGGCAAAGCUCGCAACAGCAGGAUGUCGCGGACACACUAGGACACAACGAUGUUCAAGUCACGCAAGAAGGCGCCAAAGUCCAUUCGGCGCAGACAAAGGAGUCCCACCGAAAUCCUGCAGCACGAAAACUGAAACCUCGGAAGCAUCGUACCAACGGCACUGCUGAGUCUAGCCAGCAGCUACUAGCUAACAGGAGAGGAUUGCAAAUACGCGCAGAAUCGCCCAAUCAAGCUCCAGAAGUUGCUGGUGUUUCAGAGACUGAGAACGCGCCUGUUAUUGACGCGUUUCAGGAUGAUUUAGACGAAGACGAGGCUAGUAGCGUCGCUGAAGAAGCUGAUAACAUAACGCGCCCUACAGGAAGGCCUGGGAGUAUCGAAACCGUCUUUGAAUUUCUCAACCUUGAGGUACGGCCAGGAAAGUGCCGGACUAAGCUGGGUAGCACCAUCAGACGCGCAUGCAAUACAUACAGGGCACACCUUCAGGAAGGUGACAUUUCCAUGGACACUGUCGUCGAUGAAGCUGAUGACUUACGAGGAGCGCUCGGACAAAUCAGUAUAGGAGUUGAAAAGAAGGACCAGCGCGCCUUCAAAGGAGAUGCCUAUAGCCACGUCUUCCGGGCUCUUACAUUAUACCUCGAAGCAUUGUAUAACUGGCUACUUGAGAACGGUGGCGAGGUGACCGAAUCUCUGGAUGCUAUGCAGGUGCUGUCACCUCUGAUACACCAGAUACUUAUUUUCAAGGACACCAUCGCUGAGUGGAACGUCGCUGUACCUCAACGAUUGAAGGGCGAUCGAGUCAUCAAGAAUGUUGAUAUUGGUCUCAUUGCUCAUCUUCGACAAGUGGCCAAGACGUAUCGCGGACACCUCAGUAGAUUAAAUGUCAGGGAGGAGCAUCGCAAGCUCCAAGGAGACUUCGAGCGCAGGAUGCAAGAAAGAAAAGAGGAGGAGAACCGCAAAGCCGAACUUGUGGAAGCGCGAAUGCAGCGGUGGAAAUAUUGGCAGGCCCUGCACAUUGCGCGCUUGACGUGCGAGCCCGAUGCGCGUAGAAGGAGCAAGCUGGCUAUCACGAGACUCGAAGACUUGGAGGAGAGAGACGCCAACGGCGUUGUCUUCGAACGAUUGCCAGUAUUUAGGUCUCGUACCGCUCCACCGCAUCGUCAAGCAUCCGCGUUGGACAAUAAGCCGGAGUGGACAGAAGAGGAAGAAACUGCUCUGCUUGAAGGCUUGAGACAUCUCGCUGGUCCUAGAGUCUUCGAGAAGAUAUUCACGACGUAUUGCCGCCCCGAUUCAUCUCAUCCACUUAGUGGCCGUUUGCGCGAUCGCAGCGUCGCGGAGAUUGUCACGAAAGCAGCACAGUUCCGAUCAGACUUCCAGAAGUUAUAUCAAGAUAAUGGCUGGGAGGUCGAGGAAUGGAUUACGAAGAUUCCAGUAUUGCCGUAAGUCCGGGUUGUCUCGAUCCUUCGAUCCGCCUCUGCUCGACGUGCGAUUCUGUCCCUUUUUCGCUGGGCGAAACUGGGAUUUUGCCAAGUCACGCUAUUUGCCGUUUGUCUCUUUGUGAUACCCCUCGUAUGCUAUCACUCUUUAUAUCAUCGCAAGCAUUAUUAUCAGCGUGUGUUUCGUGCAGUGCGCACCCGUAGUCUAAAGUCGCACAUGUCUAGACCUGUCCUCACAGUGGCCCACCAUCCACCACAUCCUCCUAUGUGCUUCAUAGAUACAAUCACCACACACUGUCGCAUCCAGUGAUAUCUUAGAAACUACAAUCAC